AUGGGGCCGUUUCUGACAAACUCCCUGCAGCAAGAGGACACUAAAGGCUGUAACGAUGUACGGUAUCUCCACAACGUGUGCGCUGGCGGCGCUGCUGCUGCUGGCCGUGGCAAGGGCCGACCACCACGAGCACCACGAGCACCAGGGCUCCGACCACAGCCACGAGGGAGAGCUGAGCUGCCACAGCCUGUCCCCCCCGAACGCCGACUUUGCCUUCGCCCUCUACAAGAACUUCAACGCCAAGACCGCCGCCGGGAAGAACAUCUUCUACUCGCCGCUGGGCAUUUCCACCGCUCUGGCCAUGUUGGCCACGGGGGCCGGUGGUGACACCCACAGCCAGCUGUUCUCCACCCUGGGCUACGGCGGCAUGAGCCAGCUGAAGGUCAACGAGGCCUACGAGCAUCUCUUCCACAUGCUGAGCCACAGCCAGAAGAACCAGGUCCUGGACGUGGGCAACGGCGUUGCCGUGCGCACCGGCUUCGACCCCCUGGAGAAGUUCCUGAAGGAUAUCAAGCAUUUCUAUUCUGGAGAGAUCUUCAAGGUUGAUUUCAGCAACCCUGCUGAGGCCGCAGCUGAAAUCAACUCGUUCAUAGCCAGUAAGACGCAGGACAAGAUCAAAGAUAUGGUGAAGGACUUGGACCCUACAUUGGCCAUGGUGCUGAUCAACUAUGUCUACUUCAGAGGACAGUGGGAGAAACCCUUUAACAGCAACCUGACACGCAAGGCCGACUUCCACGUGGACGACAGCACCAAAGUCCAGGUGGACAUGAUGGAGAGAAUGGGUCGCUACGACUACUACCAGGACCUCGACAACCACACUUCUGUCAUCCUGCUGCCGUACAAAGGCAACACCUCCAUGAUGAUCGUCCUGCCCGAUGAGGGAAAAAUGCAGGAGGUGGAGGGCUCCAUCAACAAGGAAUACAUCAGGCACUGGCACAACAAGCUGAGGAGGAUGUCCGUCACUCUGCACAUGCCCAAGUUCUCGAUCUCGGCCGAGGCGUCGCUGGCCAGCACGCUCAAGGAGCUGGGAAUAACCAAUGCGUUCACCGACGCCGCCGAUUUCUCCGGCAUUUCCGAAAAGAUCAGGCUCAAAGUGGGCAAGGUUUCCCACAAGGCCGUGCUGAGCGUGGACGAGACGGGGACGGAGGCGGCGGCCACCACCGUCCUGGAGAUCAUGCCCAUGAGCCUGCCCGACACCAUGCUCCUGAACAGGCCCUUCCUGGUCUUCAUCCUGGAGCAUUCCGGCAAGAGCAUCCUCUUCAUGGGCAAGAUCAGCAACCCCACGGCGUGAGGACGCUCCCCGACCGAACACAUCACACAGAACAGGAAGCCACAGACACUAAGAGCGUCGGUCUGAUGAACGAGACGACAGAUUAGUCACAAAUACCACAACUCAUUAAUCUGUUCACAGCCUCUUGCCUUGACAUUUAACAUCAUAUUACAUCUAGAACACUGUUACAUGAGGUACAUAAGUAAUAAAAGCUCCACACAGCUGACACACUGCACCCACUUGUUUUUUUCACUGUUGUUUUCUCAUCACGUUUCAACAUGAAGCGAAUAUGAAUAAAAACUUGGUCCCAAACA